GGUGUUCGAUUAUUGUGUCAGUUGUUGAAUUUGAACUCGCAACGUCAAGAAAUCUCCGAACCGAUUUGUUCCGCCCUGCGUCACGUGACACAUCGCAGUCCGCAUGCUCAAGCUGCCAUCUACGAGAUUCGAACGGAAAACACAUUUCCCACAUUGGCCUCAAUUUUGGCCGACAGUGAAGGUCUUUCUGCGUUGCCGCUCAUCAAAUCUGUGGUAGGACUUGUGCGCAAUUUGGCUACUGAUGAAGAAUCCCGUACGCUGCUCAAAUUGUGUGGAGUGACUCGUUUGUUGGCUCGUGCUCUCAAGCAAACAUACGAGAUCAUCCGCGAGCACAAAGUUCCAUUGGACGGGUUGGAUGAGGAGAGCGGAAACGACCCGGAUGCGGUGGAUUGGGCCGGUUGUAUUGAGGGAGUGCGUCUGGACGAAUUGCUCGAGCUGUGUUUAGCGGCUUUGCAAGUUAUGGCCAAAGACUCAGCGGCCCAAACGGAACUGGUACACACGGCCGGUUUCCUAACUGUUGUCGUUCAAGUACUUUACUCUCAAUCACAAUCGCUCCAGCGUGCUGCAGCCGCCUUCCUCAGUCAGCUAUCCACUGCCCCAUCCGGUGCGUCUGCAAUUGAACAAGAGGGGGCUUGUCCACGUCUAACGGAACUGAUCCAAUCCAACAACGAAUAUAUCGCUGCUUAUUCGGCUGCCGUGUUACAUCGAAUAACUCGUGACAAACCGGAGGAAUAUAGACGUCGAUUAUCACUUGAAUUGCGUCAGGCCUUGUUUGAUGGAGGUCUGGUUAUUGAGGCCCCAGACUCGGCUGAGGCAGGCACUCGAGUAACUCACUUACAGUUGUCCAACGGAGCCGAUCAAACAGUAUGGCUGAAGCUUCCUGGAAUAACUUGUCCGGUUCGGGACCUAGAAGCCAUCGAAGCCAAUAUGCAGUAUCUUCAGUGGAUCGAUGAGCCCGCCAGAUCGUGA